AGUUAAUUGAACAGUAGUAUUAAUGAACUCCAACAUUCCUGGUUCUGCUGUUGUGAUUGGAGAAAUAAGAAAAAAUGUAAUUGUUAUUGCUUCAUAAAUUUAUCUUACAUCUUCUAUCUCAGCUGAAAUCUCUCUCCACACCUGUGUGCGAGGUUAAUGGAAGCUCUAACCACAUUUACUGUGCAGUUUAACAUGUUGGAAGAAGGUGCUACAAAUCUGUGCCACUAUGUGGUGAAAUUCGGAGACAUUCUGAGUGUCGCUGCUUUGCACUUCUCAGAGUCUCGUCUUCCUCUGUCCUCCCUGAACCUCCUGGUUCCACCUCUCAGGCUGAUGUCGGCCUGUAUGUGGCAGGUUGCACAGGAGAGAAAUGUAGAGCAGUACGAAAAACUGGCAGGAUUCAUCUCACUGGUGACAGAGAUGGUCCCAGAUCUUCUGGGCUACAAACAGAAGACUCAGCUGAUCCUUGGACUGAGGGCCCGGCUCAUUCUUGAACUGUUAAAGAUGAAUGAGGGUGACUUUAAAACAUAUGAGCAUCUUCUUGACAGUUUCCAGCAGAGGACAACAAACCACAUGGAUGAAGAGGACCUAGAUGGUGAGGUGGAGAUUUAAAAGUCAGCAUUCGUGGAUCUUGUUCAGACAUUAUUUAGAGAUCAGGCGAUAAAAGAACAUUUCUUCAAGGAGGUCUUCCCAAUCCAGUAUGGAGCUCGUUUUGAUACAGCACUGCAGAUCCUGGUGUGGGAGUUCUUUUACCGACUGGAAGAGUUCUUCCCAGUGCCAAGUUUUUCUAAUGUAUCCUCCAUGUUUGACUUUGAUCCCCUGGACUGCAAAUUUGAGGAGUUUGUCCCUAAUCUAGAAGAUCUGAAUAGACUUUUGCAGCAUCAAAAGGAGCAGCAGACACUAUCCAAAAGUACCUUCACCUUCACAUCAGACACUAUCCUAUCUGUGCUUGCAUCUCAGCAAACCUCAGUGACCUCUGGAGAUCACCUCUAUCAAAGAAUACAAGUGGGAGGUGUGGAUGACCAACAGAACAUUGAGAUAUCACAAGACAUGUCAGAAAACCAGGCAACACAGCAAGAAAAUGGCUGUAGUAUUGAAAUACUUUGCGAUGAUGGUGAAGAGACCGAUGACAGUUGGGUUGAAACUAAUCCAAACUCUCAGCAAGUGGAGUAUGAGCUCUCACCGCUGAGCUGUUCUCCACGUUCUGAAGGCACUGGUGAGACAGCUGGUGAAGUGACAUUCCAGUCAUCCCGAUGCUCAGAGAGCUCAAUGGAAGGAAUAGAAGAACAUCUGGAUCUCAGUAGAAUCGAGUCAGCUGAAAAGAGCACGAUCCAGUCUUGCACAGUGGGCACAGCUGAUGCUCCUGCUCCAUUCAGCGAGAACACCAAUAAAAACAUCUGCCCGGAGUGUGGCAAGACUUUUCCAUCUCAAGCUGGACUAAAAUACCAUUGUUUGGCUCGCUCUUCAGUUAAGCCAUUCAAAUGUACUUGUUGCAGCAAGGCAUAUAGGCACCGUAAAGACCUUAAAUAUCAUGUUGUUGUUCACACCAAUCCUGGAGUCCCACCCAUUCCUUGCCAUCUUUGCAAUAAGAGAUUUAAUACCCACUCUUCACGUGAAGUUCAUCUUCUGCGUCACAGUGGAGAGAGGCCGCAUCCCUGUCCGCACUGCGGUAAAAGAUUCCUGACAAAAUCAGUCUUGAAGUCUCACGUGCGCAUUCACACUGGUGAGCGCCCCUACAUCUGUCCUAUUUGUAACAGAAAAUUCACACAGAAUUAUCCGCUCACCGUCCACCUCAGGAUGCAUAGGCAAGAGAAGCCGUACCUGUGCAGCACAUGCGGUAUGUCCUUCUGUAGUUCUGGACCCUUGCUGGUGCAUUCGCACUAUCACACAGGGGAACGGCCGUAUUCGUGUGAAUUCUGCAAAAAACGUUUCCCUUCAGCUGCCAGCCUGACGCAACAUCGCAGGUCCCGCACAGGGGAGAGACCCUACCCUUGCUCGCAGUGCGACAAAAUGUUCAGCAGUUGUUCAGGACUGAAGAAACACAUGUCUACACACACAGGAGAGAAGCCUCAUAAGUGUGUAACUUGUCACAAGACAUUUUCUCAAAAAUCCAACCUGAAAAUUCAUCUUAAAGUCCACAAGAACAUCUAGCAAAUGGCUGUGGGAGCUUUUGGAGACAGAGUGUUACAGCUGUGGUUCAUUUGUGUGUCAGGACAUGUUUUGAUGUAUCUUUUUUUCAGUAAAGCACUAAUUUGCACUUAGUUAUGUCUGAUUUGAAAACAGAUCCUAAGAGAUCAAUA